AUGCCUGUCAGCGGUCAUUUUGUCCGCCGCAGCGCCGAGUUCGUCGCGACCUUCAAAGAUGGCCCCGCUAUGAAAGUCGAAUUCUCCCCAUGGCUGAUUUUCUUGGUUCUCACUCUGGGUCUGAUUAUGGGCCUGGCUCUUAUGUCUGUCGAGUACACUUACGGCGGAGUGGUUGCCACACUUGCCGCCGUCGAGGACUCCAACCCCGACAUCUACGUCCGCAUCGACCACCAGGACCCCACCAAGCCCUUGGAUCCAAAUGAGCCCGAACUGGCCGACUCGGCUCGCCUUCAGCCCAUUACCAGUGGCCUGCGAUCCACCACCAAGCACCUCCGCGCCCGUGCUGGCUUCUGGUCGCGCUUCCGGGGUCUGUCCAUCUACCUGGCUUUCAUCUUCGUCGAUGUCUUCCUCUCUUUGAUUACUACCCCAAUCGACUCCUUUCUCGGCCAUUUCAUCUCCCAAUUCAUCAUCUCCAUGCUCCUUUCUACCUGGCUGAUGGCCUGGGUUCACAUCGUCAUCUCUGAGCCCUCGCCCAAGCGCUUCUACCAGCGCAUCCCCAGUUGGCGCAAAUGGAUUCGCAUUGCCCCAGCCGUGGCUCUUGAGACGCUACUGACAUAUGUAAUCUUCUUCAUGCCCAUGGUCGUGGCCCAGAUGGCUGGCUGGACCGAGGAGGAUGAGUCCAUUGUGCCCUUUGACCGCUCCUUCGGCGGCAAGGUCCAACCCGAGAUCGUAGGUGGCAGUGGCAAGAUCGGCCUCAUGGAUGCAUGGACUACCUUUGACUGGAAUGCCCGUGUUCGGUUCGUCAAGGUGGUGGUCAAGACCGCGAUGAUCGAAAUCGCCCUGAUAUUCGUGGGUGCUUCCGCCAUUGCUGGCAUUAUGUUGGGACUGGGACCCCGGGGCGUGUCGAUGGUGCCUGCCGAUGGCUCUAUGUAA